AGGCGUGCGCCACCAUCUCCCGGCUCUUCUAGAAGUUCUUGAUCAGAAUGGCUUCAGGACGGUUUUACAUGACCUGCAUGGUGCUGGGGUCCCUCGGAUCCAUGUGCAUCCUCUUCAUCACCUACUGGAUGCAGUACUGGCGUGGCGGCUUCGCCUGGGAUGGCAGUGUACACAUGUUCAACUGGCACCCAGUGCUCAUGAUCUCUGGCAUGGUGGUGCUCUAUGGAGCUGCCUCGCUGGUGUACCGCCUGCCCUUGUCGUGGGUCGGGCCCAAACUGCCCUGGAAGGUUCUCCAUGCCGCGCUGCACCUGCUGGCCUUCACCUUAACUGUUGUGGGCUUGGUUGCUGUCUUUCAGUUCCACAACCAUUCAAAAAUCUCACACCUCUACUCCCUGCAUAGCUGGCUGGGCAUCACCACUGUCGUCUUCUUCGCCUGCCAGUGGUCCCUGGGCUUUGCCGUCUUUCUCCUGCCCUGGGCAUCUCAGUGGCUGCGAAGCCUCCUGAAACCUGUGCAUGUCUUCUUUGGAGCCUGCAUCCUUUCCCUAUCCAUCACAUCUGUUAUUUCUGGCAUCAAUGAGAAGCUUUUCUUUGUUUUGAAAAAUGCAACCAAGCCCUACUCCAGCCUGCCUGGUGAGGCAAUCUUUGCCAACAGUACUGGAAUCUUGGUGGUGACUUUUGGCCUACUGGUUCUCUAUAUUCUUCUGGCUUCACCAUGGAAGCGUCCAGAUCCAGGCACUCUGACUGACAGACAGCCCCUGUUGCGUGACAGGGAGUGAAGCGGGCAGGGGCUCGCGGGAACAAUCGGAGGUGCAGUCUCUGCUCUCUCAGAAGCUCUUCUGUACUUGGGGCUCCUGGUUGGUUUCAGCAACAGACCUCUCUUGGGCCAGAGACCAAAUUUACUACUCCAGUUCCCAGCCCGCUCUCACCAGCCGCUUCAUGUCCAUCUGCUUUUCUUGAUGGCUUUGACUUGUUGGCAUUUUUUUCAAGGGCCUUGGUCAUUCAUGUCUCUUCUGCUGGUCUUUAGAAUUUGGGCUGCUUUCUCCUCACUAUUCCUUGGGCUGUGGUAGAAGUAAGGCUCAAAUGUAGUCCAUACAUGCUCUCUGUGGGAGCAGUUUUGUGGUUAGGCAGGCUUCUGCUCUGCCCUGGAUGUGCAUUUGGGAGGGCUGAGAUGUGGGAGGUAACUAACGGGACGGUAGCAGCAGGAGAUAGCCAGGUGCUAGUCACUCUGAACUGCUCUGUUCACUUUGAUGUGCUGUGGUGUGUGUGUUGUGACCAUGUGGCUCCCCCUCUUCUAGUUGCUGCUUCAGCUGCUGCCUGGAUCCCGCCCUUUCCCUGUGACUUACAUGCCUGCCCCCCUCAGGCAACCCUAUGAGCCCUGGUAAACUGUUCUCCCCUGAACAGACAGCCUGACCUUAGAGUCUUAAGUGAUGAGUAACAGAGGUUUGUGGGCAUGGGCUUUCCUGCCUCCUCUAGUCACGCUCUUCCCUGACACGGCCCAGCCCACUAUGAAAUUGAGGCCAGCAUUAUGAAGCAAUUUGCUGGGCAGAGUCCUGGUAGCCACUCCUGCCUUUAAAGGUGUUCCUGAUUGAGUACUGGGUACUUUUGCCUCCCCCCACCCAAGGCCACCAAGCCUCCCUCCGUGGUACGCCAGAAUGUGAGCUUUGCUCUUCUCCUGAAUAGAAACUGGGGCAGAGGGAGGAGUCCUGCCCCUCUAGUUUGAAUUGGCCUGUGGCACUUCAUACUUCCUCAGAUAAGCCCUGCCAGGUCCCAGCUGCAAACUGCUGUACUUAACAGACAAUAGGAGGAGUUGGGGGUUCCUGCACUUGCUGCAGUUAGUGAUCAGGCUGAACUUCAACCCCGCUGCUAGAAGUGGGCAGGAGGGCUGGCAUGAACUUGCUGACCAGAUGGAGCCUGCACACCAUUGCUAUUACUGCUGAGCACCUUGACUGAGACCAGCUCCCCUGGUUUACUCACGAGUGGGUAUUCUACUUCUUCAUGAAUCUGAUUUUUAUU